AUGGCAUCGUUGAAUAAAAAAAAUAUUGUAAAAAUUUUUGAAAAAUGUGUAAGGAAUAACAUACUAACAGAUAAGAGUCGCCACCUAUGCACGAGCAAAACGAAUUUCAAUCGAGCAUCUGGAGAUAUAAUAGGUAUCGACUUAGGUACAACAAAUAGUUGUGUUGCAAUUAUGGAAGGGAAACAAGGAAAAGUGAUUGAGAAUGCAGAAGGAUUUAGAACAACUCCAUCUGUUGUAGCGUUCACCAAUGACAACCAGAGAUUGGUUGGCAUAGUAGCAAAGAGACAGGCAAUAACAAAUCCAGAAAAUACAGUUUAUGCAACGAAAAGAUUUAUAGGUAGAAAAUUUGAUGAAGAUGCAACAAAAAAGGAACAGAAGAAUUUACCAUACAAAAUUGUUAGGGCACCAAAUGGAGAUGCAUGGAUAGAAGCCCAAGGGAAAAAAUAUUCUCCAAGUCAAAUAGGUGCUUGUGUUUUAGAAAAGAUGAAAGAAACUGCUGAAAAUUAUUUAGGAAGAAAAGUACACCAAGCUGUUAUUACUGUACCUGCGUAUUUCAAUGACUCACAAAGGCAAGCAACGAAAGAUGCUGGAAAAAUUGCUGGUUUGGAUGUACUUCGUAUUAUUAACGAACCAACUGCAGCAGCUUUAGCAUUUGGAUUAGAAAAGAGCGAUGGAAAAGUUAUUGCUGUUUAUGAUUUAGGAGGUGGUACAUUUGAUAUUUCUAUUUUGGAAAUUCUAGGAGGUGUUUUUGAAGUGAAAGCAACGAAUGGUAACACAUCCUUAGGAGGGGAAGAUUUCGACCAAAGAAUAUUAGAAUAUUUCAUUUCUGAAUUUAAGAAAAAAGAAAAUAUUGAUUUAAAAAAUGAUAAGUUAGCUUUACAACGAUUAAGAGAAGCAGCUGAAACAGCAAAAAUAGAAUUAUCAAGUAAAACUCAGACAGAAAUUAAUUUACCCUUCAUCACUGCAAAUCAGACCGGACCAAAGCAUUUACAAAUUAAAUUGACUCGUGCAAAGUUAGAGGAGUUAUGUCAUGAUUUAUUAAAAGGAACUAUAGAUCCAUGUGAGAAAUGUAUUAAAGAUGCAAAUGUAAAAAAGGACGAAAUUAAUGAAAUUAUUUUAGUUGGUGGUAUGACAAGAAUGCCAAAGGUAUCUGAAACAGUAAAGCAAAUUUUCCAAAAUAAUCCAUCCAAAAGUGUAAACCCAGAUGAAGCAGUUGCAUUAGGUGCAGCUAUCCAAGGAGGUGUGUUAAAAGGAGAGAUAAAAGAUUUGUUGCUCUUAGAUGUAAUUCCAUUAUCCUUAGGUAUAGAAACAUUAGGUGGAGUUUUCACCAAAUUGAUUAAUAGAAACACAACUAUACCAACAAAGAAAUCACAGAUCUUUUCCACAGCAGCUGAUAAUCAAACACAAGUCAGUAUUAAAGUUUUUCAAGGAGAAAGAGAAAUGGCAUGUGACAACAAAAUGUUAGGAUCUUUUGAUUUAGUUGGAAUUCCUCCAGCACCUAGAGGAGUUCCACAAAUUGAAGUUACAUUCGAUGUUGAUGCUAAUGCUAUUAUUAACAUAUCUGCUAUUGACAAAAUGACAAAUAAAAAACAACAAAUUACCAUUCAAAGUAGUGGUGGUUUAAGCAAAGAAGAAAUUGAAAAAAUGGUUCAAGAAGCUGAAUUGAAUAGGGAAAAGGAUCAACAAAAAAAAAAUCUAACAGAUUCGAAAAAUGAAGCAGAAACGUUAAUUUACAGUUCAGAAAAACAGUUAGAUGAUUUCAAGGACAAAAUCUCUGAUUCAGACAAAGAAGAAUUAAGAAAGAAAAUUACUUCUCUAAGAGAAAAAUUGUCUACAGAAGAUUUAGAUGGAAUUAAGGAAGCCACAAAACAGCUACAAGAAAAGUCAUGGGCCAUUUCUCAAGAAAUGUACAAAAACAAUGCAUCCCAGGAUUCGCAAUCACAGGAACAGAAAAGUGAAAAUAAAACAGAGGAGAACAAGGACAAUGCUUAA